UUUAGGGAGACAGAAUGAAGAACACCUCUUUUUAUAGCAUCAGCUUUGAGUUUACAGGCCGAUUCCUGCCUCCUGUUUACAUCUUAGUCUUCAUCAUUGGUCUGGUAGCUAAUGGAUGGGGAUUAAAGUCUUUGCUGCACAACUGGAAGAAACUAAAGAUCAUCAAUGUUUUUGUUCUCAAUCUCGGACUUGCUGAUAUUCUGUACCUGCUCACACUCCCAUUGUUGGUAGUGUACCAUGUUUUAAAGAGAACAUGGAUCUUCGGAGACACAUUCUGCAAGUUAACAAGAUUCUGCUUCAACCUGAAUUUAUAUGGCAGUAUCGGGUUCCUUACUUGUAUAAGUGUGUACAGGUACCUGGCUAUUGUCCAUCCAGUGAGAGUGAUGGGAAGAUUAACUCUGACUCACUCUGUGGGGAUCUCAGUCAUGGUUUGGUUUUUAGUCAGCGUUCAAAGUCUUCCGGACAUGUUCUACAGCAAAGCAUUUGGAAACAACACUGAGAAAUGCUUUGAUACCACCUCUGACAGCUAUGUGGAUGAUUACAUUAAAUACAGCCUUGGAUGGACACUCACUGGGUUUUGUAUCCCAUUGCUCAUCACACUGGGCUGCUAUGGACAUGUGAUUGUCGUUCUCUGCCGCACAAAUACCACUGACAAGGUACUGAAACAGAGAAGCUUGAAGUUGUUGUUCAUCGUGAUUCUUCUCUUCUCUGUUUGUUACAUCCCCUAUCAUGUACUGAAGAACCUCAACCUCUGGUCAAGAGUUCUGCAAAGACAGAACAUAUGCUGUGAAUGGUCUAAUGGAGUCUACAUUGCUCAUCAGAUAUGUCGUGGCUUUGUGUGUCUGAACAGUGUUCUCAACCCUCUGGUUUACCUCCAUGGAAAUGAAGAUAUUCCUGCUCAGCUCAGACAGCUGCUCCAGCAAGCUCGUCAGAUGGUCAGCCGUCCGCCUCCAACAAACUCUGCUGGUGUGCCUAUGGCACAAAUCACAGAUGGAAGUUAUAGAACAUGUUAAAACAUUUUUCUGUAUGUCAUUAUUUUCUUUCUAUUGCCACAUCUAUA